CAAUAAGCUGCGCUGCUGGUGUCUGGAUGUGACCAUAGUGCUGUAGCUGUAAGCACAGCCCUGCAGCCCGGCCCUGUUGUACCAAGUGUCCCUGUGCACUGACAUGGGCUCUGCUUUUGUUGUUCUUGCUUUUCUAACGACCGCUUCCUGAGCUCUGCUUCCUCUUUCCACUCUUUUGUGCAGCUUCCUCCCGUGGUGCUCUGCUCAGUCCCCUGAGCUGGGCUCUGUCCCGUCUGUACCGUGCUGCCUGGGGCCGGAUGCUGGCUGUCCCUGCUCCAGCUGUACUUUGUCACACGGGCUCAGCGGCCACGGAGCCCCACAGCCUGCAGGAGGAAGGCAGGGGUGAACACGGGAGCGCUUCCCACCUUGAGCCUUGCACCCAGGUUGGAGCUCCCAUCCCUUCCCACGAGCAUCCACCAUGAGAAGACCCCCAGGAGGCCACUGCUGCCCCCCAGCCCUCGUGCCGUGCUCGGGGCGCUGUGCUCGUGGCACCGUUCUGGCCCUCGCCCUGCUCGCCAUGCUGCUCCUGCUGCUGCCUGCACAGCGCAGCCUGUGGCUCCAGUUCUCCAGGACUCCCGUCCACCCCAGAGCCACAACCACAGCAGCCCCAGCGCCACUGACGCAGGCAGCGCGGCCAUCCGCUGUCCCCAGCAUGCCACCAGACCUCGGGGACACGUACGGGCAGGAUGAGACCUACAGCAGCUCGGGCUGUCCCAACAGCAUCAGGAAGAAGAUCGGGGCCACCAAGUUUGGGGCCACGUUCCUGCCCACCAUCCCCGUGCUGCAGUGGGCACGGCACGCACGGGAGGACGAGUACCAGCGGCUGCGCCGAUACGGGGGGGCUCACGGCUGGAAGGACGUCCCCUGGGACGUGCUGCAGUCGGCCCUGUCCCUCCUCAACACCUCGGGCAGCGCACUGCUCGCCGACCCCCGCCCGCUGCCCGCGCGCUGCACCCGCUGUGCCGUGGUGGGCAACGGGGGCAUCCUCCGUGGCUCCGGCGCGGGCCCCACCAUCGACGCUCAUGACUACGUGUUCAGAGUGAACGGGGCCAUCACGGAGGGAUUUGAGCGCGACGUCGGCAGCAGGACGUCCUUCUACGUCUUCUCCACCAACACCAUGGUGAACGCGCUGCACAGCUACGCCGCCGACGGCUUCCAGCACCCGCCCCAAACGCCGGAGACGUGCUACGUCUUCCUCCCGGACCAUGACCGUGACUACCUGCUUCUGCGGGCAGCCCUGAGCCAGCGGCGUGUGGACGGCGGCCGGGAUAAGGGGGUCCACCCUCAGGAGUUCUUCGGGGAGGACCUGAAGGUGGGGAAGUUUAGGAUGCUGCACCCGGAUUUCAUCCGCUACCUCAGGAACCGGUUCCUCCAUUCCCAUAUCCUGGCCACCCCUCUCCGGUCGUUGUACCGGCCCUCCACCGGCGCCGUGAUGCUGCUGGCCGCCAUCCACACCUGCGACCAGGUGAGCGCCUUCGGGUUCAUGACACCAGGCUACCGGGCGUACUCGGACCACUACUUUGACCGUGGGCACAAGGAGGUGCAGUUCUUCAUCAACCAUGACCUGAGGAUGGAGAUGCAGCUGUGGCAGCGGCUGCAGCACAGUGGGAUCCUGUGGCUCUACACUGGCCCAGAAGGGACGUGAUGCCAGCAGGGUGCAGGGCUGGGGCUCGUGCACAGUGUGCAAUGAGUUUUGCCAGGUUCCUGCAUAGCUCUUUUGUAGGGUAAAAUUAAUGAAUCAUGUGAAACUGAGCAGGGGAGAAGAAGGAACUGACCCUGCCCUGCGUGGGGAAUUGAAGCAGUAAAGUCCCCAGGGAGAACCUGGUGCCAUGGCUCCAUGGGGGUCACCCCUCCAAAGGGGGCUGCUGUGUGUGCACGGGGCUCACGGGUGAAUCCUUAAUGUGGUUGUACAGUGGCAUCUUCUGCUGGAGCUGCCUCCUGCUCACCCAGGGGGCUCUGCAAUGCCUCCACCCUGGGGAGGGAUUUGCAGCAUCCCCUGCCACGUCCCAGCCUCUGUUUGUUGCCAUAGCCCCGGGGUGGCAGCCUCUGUCCACAUCCCCCAUCCCAUGCCUGGGAGGGUCCCCUGGUGCCCUUCAUGUCCAUCACUCCAGCUGCCCUCCCGGGGGGCUCAGCUCCCAUCCCUGUCCCUCCCCAGCAUCGCGGAGCUGUUUCUAGGCCAGUGCCCGGUUCAGGCAUGAAUAAACCAGUGGUGUUGCAUAA